UGCGCGCGCGGCAGCGGCUUCACUUCUCUCCGGGCAGCGGGGGCAGGAGCGGCGGCGGGAGAAGCGGCAGCAGCAGCGGCCGUCGCUGCUGCUCGGGAGAGACGGGAAAGGGGAGAGGAAGCGGAGAGCGAGGAGCGCGGGGGAGCGGGCUCAUGACUCAGUGAGCGGCUGCAGCCCCUUUCCAGCCCCGCGCCCGGCCGGAGUCGGGGCGACCGCGACGGAUUGUCCCGCAGCCUGUGCCCGGCACCAGCGAGAGAGAGACCUGCGCUCGCCUGCAGUGCAGCAUCUGCCAUGUCUACAGAGGGGCAGAGAGUGGAUGAUAGUCCAAGCACUAGUGGAGGCAGCUCUGAUGGAGAUCAGCGUGAAGGUGCUCAGCAGGAACAAGAAAGGGAGCAAGUUCAACCCAAGAAAAAAGAGGGGAAAAUAUCAAGCAAAACAGCUGCUAAAUUGUCAACUAGUGCUAAAAGAAUUCAGAAAGAACUUGCAGAAAUUACAUUAGACCCUCCUCCAAACUGUAGUGCUGGACCCAAAGGAGACAACAUUUAUGAGUGGAGGUCAACUAUACUGGGGCCUCCAGGGUCUGUAUAUGAAGGUGGAGUUUUCUUCCUUGACAUAACCUUUUCACCGGACUAUCCUUUUAAACCACCCAAGGUCACAUUCCGGACAAGGAUCUACCACUGUAACAUUAACAGCCAAGGCGUCAUCUGCCUGGACAUUUUAAAGGACAACUGGAGUCCAGCGUUAACCAUUUCUAAAGUUCUCCUCUCCAUCUGCUCCCUCCUCACAGACUGCAACCCAGCUGACCCCCUGGUUGGAAGCAUUGCCACUCAGUACAUGACUAACAGAGCAGAGCACGACAGAAUGGCCAGACAGUGGACCAAGCGAUAUGCCACAUAGGAACCUCCUCUAGGAUUUGCUGGACCUGUGCAAGCACAUUCACUAAGUGCAUCAAUAGCCCUUCCCUUCAUUCUUAUUUUUUAUUAAAUUUUGAACCAUUUUGUGACAAAAGGUUGUCCUUACUUCCUUUUUUGUUUCAUUUUGGUUUAUUUUUAUUUUUAUUUGUUCUAGGUUUUUUUGGUUUUGGUUUUGGUUUUGUUUUUUUUUUUGUUCUGUUAACUUGAAAGUUGUUUCCCUCAAAUGUAGACAGGGAAUUUUGGUUAUCAGUGCAAAGAAUGUUGGAUCUGUAAUAGUAUAGAGCUUUAUCAGAAGGCUUUGUAUUAAUGUGUGGGGUUGUUUUGGUUUUUUUUUUUUCUUUCAUGUGGUUUUGGGGAAAACAAACAAAUUCAGAAUUAUAUCUCAUUUCUACUUAAAUGUAGUGUUUAGGGUUAUUUUUUUGUACUGAAGUCUUUAAUGGUGGGUGCAUGCUACUGGGAACAAGUUUUGUAUAAAAGCUUAAAAUCAAGAAUCACUGUGCAUUACUAAGACUGUGUUUAUCACUAGCCUUCUGUUUCCCACACAAAAGGCUAUUGCAUUGAACAAAUUACUAUGUAUUUUGAUUUACUUAAAAAACAAACAAAAAAAGUGCUUGUAAAUUUCUUAGGGACCUGCCACUUUUGACUGUGGAUCAGUUGAUGUACACUUGUAUUAUUAAAGCACUCAAUAAAACACUGUGGCUGAUAAAUGCA